AUGGAUGAUUUGCCAUUCCAAUGCUACAACCAUCAUCAUCAUCAUGAUCAACAAAGCUUGGAUUUUGAUUCAGAAAAUAUGUUCCUGAAUCCAUUAAUCCACCAGUUACCACCCACCGUUUGGAUUGAUCAUGAUCCCGCCAUGGCUGCUGCUGCUGCUGACAAUUUAGCUUGCAUUAAUGGAUUCCAAGAAACAAAGAAUGUGAUCUCCAUCUCAACUACCACCGCCGCCACUGCCACCGUCACCGCCACGGAAUCGCUGGACUGCUUACUUUCCGGCACCAAUAGCACCACCGACGCAUCAGACAGGAUUUCUGUGAUUUUCUCUGAUUGCAAAAGCUUAUGGCCGAAGAACAACGUUAUCAUCGGAAAUAAUAAUGUCAGUGGCCUCUCCUCUGGUGACUCCGUCACGAAAGAAAUAGACGACGGUGUUUCUCAAUGCUCAUCGGGAAAAAGACCGAUCACCAGCGUGUCGGGGACCGGAGUUUCAGAGAAUAAUAACCCGUCAAAACCGAAGAGAUCCAGAUCGAAUUCGGGUCGACCCAUUUCAUCAAAUAUCAACUUCCAACAACCAGGUAAUCCAUCUGAAACUGAUAUGGAGGCGAUUGCGCAGAUGAAGGAGAUGAUAUACAGAGAAGCAGCUUUUCGGCCGGUGAGUUUCACGGCGGAGACGACAGUGGUGGAUAAACCUAAACGAAAGAACGUGAGGAUAUCGAACGACCCACAAACGGUGGCGGCACGGCAGCGGCGGGAGAGGGUUAGUGAAAGAAUUAGGGUUUUGCAGAAACUGGUUCCUGGUGGAAACAAGAUGGAUACAGCCUCCAUGCUUGAUGAAGCUGCAAACUAUCUCAAGUUCUUGAGGUCACAAGUGAAGGCAUUGGAGCAAUUAGGGCAAAAUAGCAGCAGCACAACAAUCAAUGCAAAUGGUACAAAUCCAAUCAACACAAACAAGAAUCUUUUUGGUGCUUCAAUGGCUGUACCUUUUGAUCAUAACCCAUUUUCCAUGCAAACCCAUUUUCAUCAAAUUUGUUAUGAAAAUUUGUACCCUAAUGAUCCAUCAUCAUCAUGA